CGCCAGCGGGGACACGGAGCGGCGGGCGGCUGCGCCUCCGAGAGCCCGGCGGCGAGCGGCGGGCGCGGCGGCGGGGGGAGCCCUGGCCCGCGCCUGGGCCGGCCCCCCGCGCGCACCCCGCUCGCAGACACCCUCGCAGACACUCGUAGGCGCGCACGCGCACCCUCUCCCCUCCCCCGCCGCCUCCCGGCCGGACGAUGGAUCCCUGCAGAUCCCGGGGCUGAGCGCCGCGCAGCGCGCCGAGCCGGCCGGACCGAGCCGAGGCCAGCGAGCGAGCGCGCGGGCGCCGGGCGGACCGAGCCGAGCGGGCCGGGCCGGGCCGGGCCGGGCGGGCCGCUCUCUGCAGGGCUGUGCGCGGCGUGCCGCGGCGCCGGCUCCCGCUCCGGGCCAUGCGCCCCUCCGCCGCUCGCCUCUGAGCCCGCGUCCACCCCGCGCCCCAGGACCCGCCGCCGGCUGCCGGGGUCCCCAGGCCCCCUCAGGACCCCCUUGGCCAGGAUGGAACUGAAGGCCGAGGAGGAGGAGGUGGGCGGCGUCCAGCCCGUGAGCAUCCAGGCCUUCGCCAGCAGCUCCACCCUGCACGGCCUGGCGCACAUCUUCUCCUACGAGCGGCUGUCCCUGAAGCGGGCGCUCUGGGCCCUGUGCUUCCUGGGCUCCCUGGCCGUGCUGCUGUGUGUGUGCACCGAGCGCGUGCAGUACUACUUCCACUACCACCACGUCACCAAGCUUGACGAGGUGGCCGCCUCCCAGCUCACCUUCCCGGCCGUCACGCUGUGCAACCUCAAUGAGUUCCGUUUCAGCCAAGUCUCCAAGAACGACCUGUACCACGCAGGGGAGCUGCUGGCCCUGCUGAACAACAGGUACGAGAUACCGGACACUCAGAUGGCCGACGAGAAGCAGCUGGAGAUCCUGCAGGACAAGGCCAACUUCCGCAGCUUCAAGCCCAAGCCCUUUAACAUGAGGGAGUUCUAUGACCGCGCAGGACACGACAUUAGAGAUAUGCUGCUCUCCUGCCACUUCCGUGGGGAGGUCUGCAGUGCCGAAGACUUCAAGGUGGUCUUCACGCGCUAUGGAAAGUGCUACACGUUCAACUCCGGCCGAGACGGGCGACCUCGGCUGAAGACCAUGAAGGGCGGGACAGGCAACGGGCUGGAGAUCAUGCUGGACAUCCAGCAGGAUGAGUACCUGCCCGUCUGGGGAGAAACUGACGAGACAUCGUUUGAAGCCGGCAUCAAGGUACAGAUCCACAGCCAGGAUGAACCUCCCUUCAUUGACCAGCUGGGCUUUGGUGUGGCCCCAGGGUUCCAGACCUUUGUGGCCUGCCAGGAGCAGCGGCAGCUCAUCUACCUGCCCCCACCCUGGGGCACCUGCAAAGCUGUUACCAUGGACUCGGAUUUCUUCGACUCCUACAGCAUCACCGCCUGCCGCAUUGACUGUGAGACUCGCUACCUGGUGGAGAACUGUAACUGCCGCAUGGUGCACAUGCCAGGGGACGCCCCAUACUGCACUCCCGAGCAGUACAAGGAGUGUGCAGAUCCAGCGCUGGACUUCCUGGUGGAGAAAGACCAGGAGUACUGUGUGUGUGAAAUGCCCUGCAACCUCACCCGCUACGGCAAGGAGCUGUCCAUGGUCAAGAUUCCCAGCAAGGCCUCUGCCAAGUACCUGGCCAAGAAGUUCAACAAGUCUGAGCAGUACAUAGGGGAAAACAUCCUGGUGCUGGACAUUUUCUUUGAAGUCCUCAACUAUGAAACCAUUGAGCAGAAGAAGGCCUAUGAGAUCGCAGGUCUCCUGGGUGACAUUGGGGGCCAGAUGGGGCUGUUCAUCGGGGCCAGUAUCCUCACGGUGCUGGAGCUCUUCGACUAUGCCUACGAGGUGAUCAAGCACAAGCUGUGCCGCCGCGGGAGGUGCCAGAAGGAGGCCAAAAGGAGCAGCGCUGACAAGGGCGUGGCCCUCAGCCUGGAUGACGUCAAAAGACACAACCCGUGCGAGAGCCUGCGGGGCCACCCGGCCGGGAUGACGUACGCGGCCAACAUCCUACCUCAUCAUCCCGCGCGAGGCACUUUCGAGGACUUUACCUGCUAGGCCCCGCAGGCCACUGUACCAAAGGCCUGGAUGGGGCGAGCGAGGAGAGCAAGGGGCCCCCCGCUGCCCCUCACACCUGCCUUGUGGACUCACCCCCACUCCCAAGGCAGCCCCCCAUUCCUGGGCAAGCUCCUGCCUCCUGUCUGUGGUGAGGAAGGAGUCCCAGUCCUCUCCCUGUCUCCGUCCCAUUCUUUUUAUUUUUAACAAAACUAAACUAAUCUAAAGAAGAGAGAGCCCGGAGGUGAGCUCUGGCGGCCCUCUCGCUCCAUGCUGUCCCACCCCUACCCCAGCCUGAUUUCUGUCUGUCUGGCUCUCUCGCCUGUGUGUCCCACCCACAUUCAGCUGCCACUAGUCACCAAAACCCCUCCCGAGGGGAGUGGUGAAGGACAUCCUUGGGGUCUGGUAUUUGACUCCAAACCAGAGAAUGUACCUUGAAGGGGAGGGCUAGUUCGUGGGGGAGGGGGCUUCCCCAGCCUUAAGAGACCCUUUUAGCCCAGUGACCCCUCAACCCCCAAGUCUCCAGGCAGGAACUAAGAGCCUACAUCCUCUCCCCAAAGCUGAUAGGGGGGAUGGAGGAUCCCCUGAGGAACAGAUGGGGGCAAGAUGCGGCCCUGGUGCUGUAGGCUACAUCCUGACGUCAAUGGUCCAGUCCACAUCCCAGCCCGGCUGCUAGAGAGCAGCCCCCAAAGGCAGCCUCGAUGCCACCCCACAGAAGAUCCAGCUGGUCGACCUCCAGCUCAGGGAGGGGCGCCUGUGCCUGGCCUCACUGGGCUCUCUCCCGGACCCCUGCACAGGGUCCAAGUCCAUAAAUUUUCUUAUGGAACUCUUCCCCGUCCCCUUCCCCACUUCAUCUGCUUCUCUCAACAACCUCAUCUGCAUUUUCUAUUUCUAUAUGAUACAGACUCUAUAUUGCUAUAUCUCUGUAUAUACUUUUCCCUGACUGUCUGUCUUCACCCCAUCCCCUCUUGUCUCUGAGAACCAUGCUCCCACCUUGUCCCCUUUCUAUGUUUCUGUCCCCAUUCCCCCUCCCCCCUUGGUCUCUGAAUGCCUUCGCCUGUAUAAAGAGUUGACUCUCUCCCCUGGUGUCUGUACUGUGUACACACAUCCCUCUGAGAAGCACAAGGAGACGACACGCGCAUUGUAACCUUCGCACUGUCUCGGUGGCGACAUAAAGGAAGCUGUGAAUCACAAGCUCUGCCUCUUUCUGGCCUCACCUUACCCCCUGGCCCGGCACCCUCUACCCACCCGCCCUGCGGCCUUAACAUCCUUUCCCCUGCCCCACCCAAACCCAAUGCUCUUUACCUGGCUGGUGAUUGCCUCCCUAGGGAAGGGCUCGCUACACUGAGAACCCACGCCCACACCGUGGAGAUGGGUUCUGUGCGCUGAGCCAAGGUGUCUGAGACAGUGGUGCCUGCAGGUGGAGCGGCAGGUGCUGACUGGCAGAAGCGGUGGAAGGGGCCUUCAGUGGCCUUGUUUUCCUGGGUGCCCAGCUCCUUUCCUGGCCUAAUCUUUGAGCCCACCACUUCUGUAUCCUGGACAGGUAGGGCUUGUAGUGAGAGGAAGGAAAGAGGCCUAGAGGUUAAGCUGAAUUUUCUUCUAUUCUGUCCCUUCCUACCUUAAUGAGGGACAAGUGAGGUGCUGGACCUGCCACGGCCCCUCCAUGAGGCAUGAGGGCCGGAGCCCUGCCCCUUCCAGGCCUUCUCUGCCCAUCUGCCUCUUCGACCCUAGAACAGCACCUGGGGCGGGUCAUCAGUGGGUCUGGAGCUGAAGCUGAACACUUCUCUGGGAUCACUGAGAAGUGUUGGCUCCUUCGUUAUUCCUUAGAGACCAGAUCUCUCCAGGGGGAAGCAGGAGCAAGGCCAAUGGGCACACAGCAGGAGAACAGCAGGCAGGGCUAUGGGUGACGCAUGCCUCUGGUCUAAUAAACUGGGUUUCAAACA